CUGAAAGGAUUCAAGAUAAGAAUAUCAACUUUAUCCACCAAAGUUUUCACGCCGACUGAAUUAAUUAAACUUCUAGUUUAUCGAAUUUCAUGUAUUCUACUGACUAUAAGUUUAAAAUCUUAUUGAAUCAGAAUCUUCCUUCUGAAACAAUUACAUAUUUCCACACAAGAAAGUUAACUUUUUCUGAUUAUCAUAAACUGUAUAAAUGAUAAACUGUAACAAAAUCAUAACAUGUAAAAUCGGAACAUAACCUGUAAAAAUGGUAAUCUCUUCUCUUUUCAAAGAUUUUUUAUAACCCCAUCAAUCAAAUAUCAACCACGAGUCACUGGAUAUUCAUUAAUUUCAACAACCAUGACUAAGUCGCCUAAUAAUAUAAAAUUGAUUGCUGGGAACUCACAUCCUCAAUUAUGUCAAGCUAUCGCUAAAAAACUAGGUAUUCAAUUAGCCCGUGUGGGUGCAUUUCAAUAUACCAAUAAAGAAACUGCUGUUGCAGUUGGAGAAUCAGUAAGAGAUGAAGAUGUUUAUAUAAUACAAACCUGUUGUAGUGAGGAUAAGAUCAAUGAUUAUUUGAUGGAGUUAUUGAUCACUAUCAAUGCUUGCAAAAUAGCCAGUGCUAGAAGAAUCACGGCGGUGAUACCUAACUUCUUCUAUGCUAGACAAGAUAAAAAGGAUAAAUCUCGUGCCCCAAUCACCGCUAAAUUGAUUGCUAAUUUAUUACAAACAGCUGGUUGUCAUCAUGUCAUAACAUUAGACUUACAUGCUUCUCAGAUUCAAGGAUUCUUUAGAGCUCCAGUUGAUAAUUUAUAUGCUGAACCUUCUACUUUAAGAUUUAUUACUGAACAUUAUGAUAGAAAGGAAUUAAUUAUAGUAUCUCCCGAUGCAGGUGGUGCUAAAAGAGUAGCAUCAAUCGCUGAUAAAUUAGAUGUUAACUUUGCUUUGAUUCAUAAAGAAAGACAAAAAGCUAAUGAAAUCUCAAGAAUGGUAUUGGUGGGUGAUGUAACUGAUAAAGUGUGUGUAUUAGUUGAUGAUAUGGCUGAUACUUGUGGUACUUUAUGUAAAGCAGCUGAAAUUUUACUUGAAAAUGGAGCUAGUAAAGUCAUUGCUAUGAUAACUCAUGGUAUUUUUUCAUCAAAUGCUAUUGAAAAAUUAAAUAAUUCAAAAUUAGAUAAAGUUAUCUGUACAAAUUCUUUACCAUUACAAGAUAAAGUGGCUGCAUGUUCAAGACUUGAAAUUAUCGAUAUAAGUCCAACUUUAGCUGAAGCUAUUAGAAGAUUACAUAAUGGUGAAAGUGUGAGUUAUUUAUUUAAUAAUGUUCCAGAAUAAUUAUAGGGGUAUAAACUAUAUAUAUAUAAACUUUAUAUGUAAAAAAAUAAUAGAGCU